AUGGGUAAAGGUAAACCAAGAGGUCUUAACUCUGCUAGAAAAUUGAGAGUCCACAGAAGAAACAACCGUUGGGCUGAUCAAUCUUACAAGUCCAGAUUGUUAGGUACUGCCUUCAAGUCCUCUCCAUUCGGUGGUUCUUCUCACGCUAAGGGUAUUGUGUUGGAAAAGAUUGGUGUCGAAGCCAAGCAACCAAACUCUGCUAUCAGAAAGUGUGUCAGAGUCCAAUUGAUCAAGAACUCUAGAAGAGUUACUGCUUUCGUUCCAAACGAUGGUUGUUUGAACUACGUUGACGAAAACGACGAAGUCUUGUUGGCUGGUUUCGGUAGAAAGGGUAAGGCUAAGGGUGAUAUUCCAGGUGUUAGAUUCAAGGUUGUCAAGGUCUCUGGUGUCUCCUUGUUGGCUUUGUGGAAAGAAAAGAAGGAAAAGCCAAGAUCUUAA